GGUUUUCGCACCCUAAAAAUCCAAAAGGCCAAAACUCUUUCAAAAAAAAGCAUCGGCCUUUAAAACUCUCCCUUUUUCCAAACCCGCCUGGCCUCGCCUGGGGUGGCGGCGCUCGUGCACUCUAUACGGCCGCCGCCUCUGCCGCCUAUGGACCGAACUCCCCUCUCCUCUGCCUCACGUAGCUCCUUCCACUCCUUAUCCGAGAUCCUCAAUAAGCUUCAGAGCGUUGGCUUCUGCUCCGACCUCGACUUCUCCAACCUGGUCUCCACCAGCGGCGACAAUCUAGGUUGCCUCUUCGAUAUGAUCCUUUUUUCCUUCUUCAAGAAAUCCUGCAAGAGAGGUGAGAUGCGGCUGCUUCCGGCCACGCUUGGCGACGGGAGCUCCAUCGAUUUAUUCAAGCUCUACUCCAUAGUGCAAAGGGAAGGUGGCUAUGAUGCGGCUACGAAAGAGCGGAAAUGGAAAUCAGUGGCAGAGGCGAUGGGAUUGGAUUCCUUUAUGGGGCCGUCAUUGAAGUUGGUGUUCCUUAAGUACCUGGACGUGCUGGAUCAGUGGCUUCAAUGGGUUGAGGGCAGAAAGGAAAUUCGUGAGCCAAAGAGACACAAGAAUGCGGGCGCUCCUUUUGUCAGCUAUGGUUCUUGUGGAACUAUAAACCACAAGAAGGUUGGCGAGUCCACGCCGCCAUUAAAUAUGUAUAAAGAUCAAUCCUUGGAACUUGGUAACGCUCAAAGGAAUGGCAAGGAUGUUACAACCUUCGGAGGAUUCAUUGCUAAUGGAGGAAGCAACCAUAAGAUGACUAAGGAAUCGCCUCUGGCUAAAAUGCUUAAUUGGCUGAGAAUGUCGGCAAAGUGUCCUGGACAUCCUUCUUUGGCAAACACCUUGACAUCAAAUAAAAAUAAAAACAAUUCAUCUACAGUUGGGAAGUUCUAUGCUCAAGCACUUCUAGCUAUACAGGCAAGGUCUUUCAGAAGAAGUAGUCGAUCCAGUUCAAAUUUAUCGCUUCCGCAGAUUAAAGCAGCGAGAAGCGAAGAUAGCCUUGAAUCUGACAGGCGGGUUUCUUCAGAUCAGCAAAGAGCUAAGAUACCUAUUGGUGGAAAGUUUCAAGCAACGAUCCCAGAUUGGACAGGCAGACCUUUGAGAUUUUGUAAUGAUUUUGAUACAUCGAAAUGGUUAGGCACACGGACUUGGCCUUCUGAAGAUCAACAAACUAAUGAAUUGCUAGAGUAUGCUGCUAUUGGAAGGGGGAGGCGAAACACUUGUCAGUGUGAACAGCCACAGUCUAUGGAAUGUAUUAGAUGUCACAUUGCAGAAAAAAGGCUGCAGUUAAAAUGUGAACUUGGAAGGGCUUUCCAUGAUUGGGAUUUCAAAAGUAUGGGUGAGGAAGUUGCAUUUUCAUGGACCAAGGAAGAAGAAAAAAAGUUUCGGGAUGCAGUUUUUCAGAGCCAGCCAUCUCUAAAUGAGAAUUUCUGGGACAAGCUUUACAUCAAUUGCCCUUCUAAAACAAGGAGAAACUUAGUCAGCUACUAUUUCAAUGUGUUUCUCCUUGGACGGAGGAGGCACCAGAAUUUUGUUACUCCAAAAAAUAUUGACAGUGAUGAUGAAGUAACAGAGUUUGACUUCUCAAGUCAUUCUGUUCGUCAACUAACUGAAGUUCCUGAUCACAAAACCCUUGUUUGCGUUCAAAAUCAACAGUGUAUGGAUAUAGAUGAGGACGAUGAUUAACUGUCGCAUUAAAGUCGACUAAUGUGAGGACUUCUGGGUGAUCAUUGCUGCAGUGUGAAAUAUAACUAAGAUGAGGAUUUUUCUGUAGUUCAUUGGUUUGAACUCUCGAGGUUAGCUGUGAUUCAAACCUUUCCAAAGGUGCUGGUCUGAUGAGAACCGAGGCAUAAUCUCUCAUGCUUUUGGAGAUAUGCUGCAGCCAGAUUCUUCUGCUAUCAAUAUAUUGUUUGACGUUCUCUCUUCGUAGCAAAAUACCAAAUCGAAAAAAUGAAGUCCCCAGAAUGGAAAUUUUCCAAGUUAUCUGAGGAGGUAAUUGGUCUGGCUUUUCUAUUUAGGCUUGCACAGUGGCUUGCACAAUGCACAAGAAAACAAAGAAUUUGAUAUUCGUUUGAAGCGUCUUAAAAUUUAUAACUGACACUUAAAUUUUAAGAUUCCAUUUUUUAAAUAUAUGGGUCAAACUUCAUUUUAGCUGUGUUCAAUUUCAUCUUUCAUUGUAAAUUUCUUGACUUAGGAGAACUGUGUGAUUGAUGAUCAAUAUUAUAGUUAACUUUUGGUUCAGUUGAUUUAAUGGAAAUGGAUCAUAUGAAAGGAUUAGUGUAAA